CAAUUAUAUAAAACGAUUCUGAAUGUUUUUAUUAUAUUAAAGUAUUAAAAUGGCAUCAAAGUUAUUAGGGCUAAGAACAUUAUUCAGCCAAUCUUUGAAACUAUUGCCUAAACAUCCUUACAAUAACAGUGUACAUAACCUCAACCAUUUCAGUACAUCUUCAACUUUAAAUGUUAAUUUCUUCAACAAACUACCAGCUGAAAAGCUAUGGAAGUCUGUGACAUCGGUCAGUAAUGCUGGCGCUAAGAAGGGUCGUGGUAAAGGCGCCGGCAGAAUUAGGAUAAGGGAUUUGAAUCGAGGCCAAGUAAUUGGUGUUGGUAAAAUAAACAUGCUGUGGCCUGGUCUCUCAGCACCUGUUAUAAGAGGCAGGGAGUUGCUGAAACAACAGCGCCUACCCGAUGAUCCAGAAAGAAUGGAAAAAUUAAUAAAGCUCAGAGACUCCAUGACAAAGUUCCGAAGACUAAAACUGAGUCCAAUUGAAAGAGGAUGGUCGGGGUCCCGUAUGCCCGGCCGUAGCAUAGGAGCUCCUGACCCAGUCGGAGAUGAGGAAUUUGUUGGAUUUGACACAAAAGUGCUCCAAUUGAGAUCACUUCUUAUAAUGAAAGGUACACUGGGAAGAACAAGAAAUUAUCAAGCUAUGGUUGUUACUGGCAAUGGUCAAGGACUUGCUGGCUUUGGUUUUGGCAAAUCAAAGGAAGCACAGGCAGCAUUAAGAAAAGCCAAAAAUAGAGCUGGCAAAAAACUCAUGAACUUUGAAAUAUACAAUGGGCAUACAGUAUUCCACGAUUUCUUUACCGCCUUUGGCAGCACCAAAAUAUUUGUACAAAAGAAGAAUGAGGGAUAUGGACUGAAAUGCCACAGAGCUAUCAAAGAGAUAUGUCAAGCUAUUGGCAUCAAAGAUCUUCGGGCCAAAAUAGAGGGAUCCACAAACUUGCAACAUGUCGUCAAGGCUUUCUUCAUUGGUCUACUGCAACAGAGAACACACCAGCAGCUCGCAGAAGAGAAGAAGCUACAUCUAGUUGAAUACAGAGCGGAAAACUCUUACUACCCCACUGUAGUUGCUAGUCCCGAAAAAGUCAGAACUAAGGAGGAGAUCCCGAAAGAUGAAACUUUGGACUUCAUCCAGUAUAUCCUAAAUGACAGAGUGAUCUUGAAGAGAAAGAAGUUCCCACGAUUCUACGAGUCCAUGCCCUCCUACCAGAUAUACUUGAAGAAAUACGAGAAAUACAGAAACCACGAGAAGAUAAGAUUAAACUUAAGAGCAGAGUAUGGUGAGAUAAAGAGUUUCUUAAAUGACAAAUAUCCAGAAGAAAAAGCUGAGGCUGAAGCAUAGAGUGUGUUUAGUUAGCAUAUAGUUUUGUUGUAAGUUAAUAAAUAAAAAUACAAAUACUG